AGCCCCGCGGUCCGCCGCGGGUCCUGCCGGAGCGCCCAUGUCCCAGCGGGCGCCCAGGGGGCAGGGGCAGCAGGAGGGGCCGGAGCAGGAGGAGGAGGAGGGGGCGAGGGGCAGCCAGGCGCGGCCCAAGAGCCAGGCGGAGCCCGCGGCGAGCGGCAGGACCCAGGACCGGCAUGAGAGGAAGCGGAAGAGGCAGGAGGCGCAGCAGCUGCAGAAGAUCCAGCACCUGGAGUCUUUCUAUGAGAAACCUCCCCCAGGGCUAAUAAAGGAGAAUGAAACAAAACCAGAAGACUGCAUACCUGAUGUACCAGGCAAUGAAAGCGCACGAGAAUUCCUGGCACAUGCCCCAACAAAAGGGCUUUGGAUGCCUUUGGGAAAAGAAGUCAAAGUGAUGCAGUGUUGGAGGUGUAAACGUUACGGACACAGAACAGGAGAUAAGGAAUGCCCAUUCUUUAUUAAAGGCAAUCAGAAAUUGGAACAAUUUAGAGUAGCACAUGAAGAUCCAAUGUACGAUAUAAUAAGGGAAAAUAAACGUCACGAAAAGGAAAAGAGGAUACAGCAACUGAAGCAACUCCUGGAGGACUCUACCUCAGAAGAUGAUAGUAGUGAUGACAGUGAUGAGGAUGAUGAAGAUGGCAGCAGCUCCACUUCCUCAGAACAUAAACACAAGAAGAAAAAGAGAAAAAAGGAAAAGAAAAAAAAAGAAAAGAAGAAGAAAAAAAAGAGGAAGCGUAAAUCAUCCAAAUCUAAUGAGAAGUCAGAAUCUGACUGACAGCAGUCACCUGCUGCAUGCUCAUUGACCUCUCUACUUGUGAACUGCAAGGAAAGAUCCAAAGAACGAGGAAGAAAACACCAGAAAGGGCUUUGUUAAACUUGGAACAUACAGAUGUAUGCAUACAGCAGCCUACACCGGCAUCCUCUUCUGCCCCUCUGCAGUCAGAAAGAAGAAAGAAAGCUGCGUUAAACCACGCUCAGCCAUAUCUUUGUGCUGUGAAAACCUGUGCUAAGGGUCAUCCGUCCUGGUCAAGCUGGGCCUCUGCAGUGCCGUGCGUGACCAUCGGCAGGAAGCGGUGAGGACCGAGGAGUCACCCACAAAUCUGCAGCAUUAGCAGACUGCCCACUGAAGUGUCUUUUCUCCAUGAAGUUAUUUUAUCACAUACAAAGCCUCACUGUAACAGGACUCCAGUUUGCACCGUGCAGAGCGCUGAGAGUUCACUUACAGUGCUUUUAAUAAGCAGGUUGUACUGUAUUUUUUUUCUCCACAUACGUGCUGAAGUUCAGUGUACUUAUCCUAAUAUUGGCAGCUAGCUAAAUAAAGAGUACUGCUGAAGGGGGAAAAAGUUAAUCAAGGGGAUUUACUUUAAGACAAAGUUGCAGCAAGACUUGAUUUGUGUGCGUGUAACAAAACCUCAACAUCAUCACCAUUAACAUGCACAGUUCUGAAACAUCUAAACUGUUCUCUAAACUCUAGAAGUGGGAGCCAAGUGUAACAAUGUUAGAUAUUCAACUUUACUGUAAGGAGGUAGUGGUUUUAGUUAUUUAAAAGGAGGGGUUUCAUGUAAGAAAUUAAAAAGAUUAAUUUCUGCAUAUA